GUUUUAUUUAUUUAGUAAUCAUUGUUCAGUGUUCAAUUGUAAAAUUUUACUAAGUCAUCAUUGAAGUCAAAGCUAGUUGGGAAGAAAUUUAAAAUAAAAAAUGGUUGAAGUUGAAUGUAUUCUACCAGAAAAAGAUGAAGUUUUAGAUUUGAAAGGACCCAAAGACGCUCACAGUUCCUUGGACGAAUUGGAUGUGGAUGAUCUCUACGUGCGUUAUAAGAAACUACAAAAAACUCUAGAAUUCCUUGAAGUUCAAGAAGAAUACAUCAAGGAUGAACAGAGAAACUUAAAGAAAGAAUAUCUUCACGCUCAAGAGGAAGUUAAACGUAUUCAGUCUGUUCCACUUGUUAUUGGACAAUUUUUGGAAGCCGUGGACCAGAACACUGGCAUCGUGGGUUCUACCACUGGUUCUAAUUAUUAUGUAAGGAUUCUUUCAACGAUCGACAGAGAAUUACUCAAGCCAUCUGCUUCAGUUGCUUUGCAUAAGCACAGUAACGCUUUGGUCGAUGUUCUACCACCAGAAGCUGACAGUUCUAUUUCGAUGUUGCAACCCGACGAGAAACCAGAUGUUAGUUAUGCUGAUAUUGGUGGUAUGGAUAUGCAGAAACAGGAGAUUCGCGAAGCUGUUGAGCUUCCAUUAACACACUUUGAAUUGUAUAAACAAAUUGGUAUCGACCCUCCACGCGGAGUCCUUAUGUACGGUCCACCCGGUUGCGGCAAAACAAUGUUGGCUAAAGCCGUUGCUCAUCACACAACAGCAGCUUUUAUUAGAGUGGUUGGUUCCGAGUUUGUACAAAAAUAUCUUGGCGAAGGACCACGUAUGGUUCGUGAUGUGUUCCGUUUAGCAAAAGAAAAUGCGCCAGCUAUUAUUUUUAUUGAUGAAAUUGAUGCAAUUGCGACAAAACGUUUCGAUGCUCAAACUGGUGCCGAUCGCGAAGUGCAGAGAAUUUUGCUGGAGCUUCUGAAUCAAAUGGAUGGUUUUGAUCAAACGACCAAUGUGAAGGUCAUAAUGGCAACAAACCGUGCUGAUACUCUUGAUCCGGCACUUUUGCGUCCUGGACGUUUGGAUAGAAAAAUAGAAUUUCCACUGCCUGACCGCCGGCAAAAGCGUUUAGUAUUUUCGACAAUUACUUCAAAGAUGAACCUAAGUGAAGAUGUGGAUUUGGAGGAGUUUGUAGCUCGCCCAGACAAAAUUUCUGGAGCAGAUAUCAAUGCGAUCUGCCAGGAAGCCGGUAUGCACGCUGUGCGUGAAAACAGAUAUAUUGUAUUGUCGAAAGAUUUUGAAAAGGGAUAUAAAAACAACAUUAAGAAAGACGAACAGGAGCACGAAUUCUAUAAAUAAAUUUCAAAUUAAUAUUUUAAUCAUUUGUAAUAUAAUGCUUUGAAAUAAAACAAAACAUUAAUUAAACUUUCUACCACCAAA